AUGCUCACUCUCAACAUCGCCUAUACCGAGCUAGUCAACAGCUCUGAUCACUUGAUCCCAACCCUGUCUCGAGGAAAAGUCUGGAACGGCCUAAAGUCGAAGGCCCGACGCCCUCAAGACUUCAUCCCCUCCUUCGAUGACUCGGGAGUCAUCGAAGAGCGAGAUAAUGGUUCCUACAUCGUGAGGGAGGCACAUGUUGGGGCUAAUCUCAGCGAAUCUCCUAUGGCUGGAAAAUGGACCAGGGAGGAAUGCAGAUUGCAUGAGCCGGCUUACUUCACACUACCUGGAGGGUCGAUAAUUCAGAAUAUCCUUUCCGAAGGACCUGAUCAAGCUCUGUAUCUCACGUUUACGUAUGAAUGGAAGUUACCUGAUAUCGAGCCUGGGACAAAAGAGGCAAAAAGGGCAUGGCAUGACCACAUGAAAAUUGCGAUAUCCUCGGUUCAAGGAACAAUCAAAGCCUUGAGAACUAUGACAGAAGUGAAGAAAGUGUGA